UGAUAACUCGCGUCAUCGUAUACUUUGGGAUUUGUAUUUUUGCAUAUCGUUAACAUGAACUAAAACACACUUACACGCCAAAGGAAAUUGAUUGUGAAUCGGAUAAUUGGGGCUCUUUAAUAACUCACUUUCGAUAAGUUAUAUCUAUGUGAGUUGCUUCACAGGUUCUGGUGGAUUCUGGUUUCAGGAGGCAGGGCUACUGAUUCACAUUUUUCCAGCAGAAUCUCUUUGUCCUGGACAGACAUCAUUUCGCUCAGGAGAGGAUCGUAUUUGUUUGGUUUUAAGUGAAUGCAGAAUGAGUGGAGUUGUGGUGAGCGGUGUGAGAAAACUGAGCACCAUCUCAGAGAUUGAUGUUGAUCCUGCUGCUGAAUCUUCAGGAGAGAUUAAAUGGACCGAAUCCAUGACUUCAUUCUGCUCCUGUGGAAAUCCCACUGAAGACAGCAGCACAUGUACUUCAUUUGAGUCCAGUCAACCUGACGCUGCAGAGGAUUGUGCCACCGUCCUCCUGGCCUGCCUUUACUGCCACUUCUUUGAAUUCAUAGCCCUGCUGCCCGAUGCCUGUGAGAGAGGCUUUCACCGCUGCUUUCCCUCCUACAAGUAUUACAUCACCUCCAAUGAGCAGAACAAAUCCAAAGACUGCUGCAGCUGGAACCUGGAUUGCGACUGCAGUGUGAUGGACUCUUGCCACGAGACCACCGAGUUACUUGAGCUGGCUAUGGAGAUCUCAGAGGUCUGCUACCGCUAACAGUCUCAUUACUCAAUCAUAUAACUGAAGGUUAAUCUGUAUGAUGAGUACAAGAUAUGCACUCCAACAGAUCAGAUCUAGUGAACGUUAAUAAAAUACUUAUCUGACACACAUGCACACAUUGUUGAAUGAGUGUCUGUGCACAGUGAACGCAUGCAAUGUAAUACGUGUCAUUUGCAUGUCCUCAUAUGUUUAGGAGCAGAUGAACACAGCCCCAAAAUAUGUCCUGCAAUUGUUUUAUAUCCCAUUCAUUUUACAAUCUUCACAAAGGUUAGCUUUGAAAAUUGCUUAAAAUUAGGGUGUUUUCACACCUGCCUCAUUUAGUUCGGUUGAAUCAUACCAGAGAGGCAGGUGAGAAUGCAGCAAUCGAACUCUGGUGCGCACCAAAAGCGGACCAAACAAGGGACUGAGAUCGU